AUGGAAAAAUUGUAUGAAGUAUUUCCUUGUUCUGAAACUCAGAAAGUCAAAGUCCUCCUAGCCACCUACACUCUGAAAGAUGAAGCUCGCAGGUGGUGGUUACUAAUUCGAAGUGGCAAUGGAAAUAUGACAUUGGCACAGUUUAAUGCUAUCUUCUACGACAAGUACUUUCCCCAAUGUUUCAGGGAUCAGAAAUUGUCUGAAUUUCAAGGACUCAAACAGGGAAGGAUGUCUGUGGUAGAAUAUAAAGCUAAAUUCACCGAACUGGCACGGUUUGCUCCACAUAUGGUGGAUACAGAUUACAAGAAAGCACGAAAGUUUGAAGGUGGAUUGGAUUUGGAGGUAUUUGAUCGAGUAGGUGUACUGAAAUUGCCUACUUAUGUGGAAGUGUUAGACAGAUCCUUAAUGGCAGAGGCCACCCUAGCCGCCAUGAAACAAGGUAAAGCCCCAAUAACUACAACAACUGAGUGGAGAGGAAAAAGAUCUGGGUUUGGUUUUAAAAAAGGCACAGGAGUGUGUGCUACCGAACGUCCGGUGCUUGUUUCUGGUGUGGCCAGCCUGGUCAUGUAG